AUGGAAGUUUUCAGGCUAGUUACCUUAAAAUUAAGCAAAUCCUUUUGCCUGCCAUCCUUGAGGGCAUGCUCACCUUCUACAGCAACACAGAAAGCGUGGUCCUGGGAGCAGUACCUAAAAGAACAAAAGGCCACAGCUGCACCUGUGGAGCUGUUUUCCAAGGAUCAAUCCUUUCCGGAGCAUGAAAAUGGUUUUCAGAUUGGGAUGAGAUUAGAAGGCAUUGAUCCUCGACAUCCAUCUGUAUUCUGUGUGCUUUCUGUAGCUGAGGUGUGUGGUUACCGGCUGAGACUUCAUUUUGAUGGUUAUUUAAGCUGCUAUGAUUUCUGGAUCAAUGCUGGUUCCCCUGAUAUUCAUCCAGUAGGAUGGUGUGGAAGGACCAAACAUGAACUACACAUCCCUAAGGGUUAUAGAAAAGAUAAAUUUGUUUGGAUGGAUUACUUGAAGGCCUGCAAAUUACAAAAUGCUCCUAAGAAAUUAUUCAGAAACAGAAGUUCUAAUGGGCCAAUGCCUAAGGAUUUUCAGGUGGGAAUGAAGCUGGAGGCUGUGGAUAGGAAGAACCCUUCCUUGGUUUGUGUGGCAACCAUAGCAGACAUUGUGGAUGAUCGCCUGCGAGUGCACUUCGACAAUCGCGAUGAGAGUUAUGAUUACUGGUGUGAUGUUAAUAGUCCUUAUGUCCAGCCAGUUGGUUGGUGUCAGGAGAAUGGAAGACCUCUGAUAGCCCCUCCAGGAUAUACUGAUCCAGAAAGCUUUUCCUGGACAGACUAUCUGGAAGCUACUCAAACUAAUGCAGUUCCUGCCAAAGUUUUAAAAAUGAGGGGCCCUCAUGGUUUUCUGCCAGACAUGAAACUUGAAGUUGUGGAUAAACGAAACCCACGCUUAAUUCGUGUUGCAACAAUUAUAGAUGUUGAUGACCAAAGAGUAAAGGUUCAUUUUGAUGGUUGGGACCAUAAGUAUGACUAUUGGAUGGGUGUAGACAGCCCUGACCUUCACCCCAUUGGAUGGUGUGAUGUAACAGGACAUCCACUGGAAGUACCACUUUGGGCAAAUGAUGUGAAAGUCCUUCCAGGUCAAGCUGUUUGUCCUACUCCUGGGUGCCGAGGAAUAGGCCAUAUCCGAGGUCCACGUUAUGCAGGACAUCACAGUGCUUUUGGCUGCCCUUAUUCGGACAUGAACUUGAAGAAGGAGGUCACAAGUCCUGGUGGUCUGAAAGAGCAAACACAAGCGCCUCUGGAGUCAGAUGCUUCCCGCUCAACACUGAAAAAUCUUUCUGGUCUGAAUUUCAAUGGGAAACAUGCAAAGGUGAACAGUCAGCCCCGGCUUGUACAGCAGGCAAAGUGUUUGAAAAUCAAAGGAAAAGAAGAUGUUGACUUGGAGAAUCUUUUCAGAGAAUAUUCAGUUGAGCAGACACAGCAGCCUCUUCACCAGUCCAUCUUCAUGUCUACCCAUCCGUUCCGUGAUAUUUCCCUUGGCAGAGAGCAGCACUGCAAGCUUCUUCCAGGCGUGGCUGGCAUUCAGGCCAGCCAAGUGGCCCGAUGGACAGUGGAUGAGGUGGCUGAGUUUGUACAGUCCCUCCUGGGCUGCGAAGAACAGGCCAAGUGCUUCGAGAAAGAGCAGAUCGAUGGCAAAGCCUUCUUGCUUCUGACACAAACAGACAUUGUCAAAGUCAUGAAGAUCAAGCUGGGCCCUGCGCUGAAGAUCUACAAUUCCAUCCUGAUGUUCAAAGCCUCCCAGGACCUUACUGAAGAUGCUGCCUCAAGCCAAGAAGCAAGGGGGUGAACGUCCUCCCGAACUUGAACUUUCUCUGGCACCAGAUCCUGGACUCCUUCAGCAAAAACAGGGGCACCCAUUCAUUUGAAUUCCAUGGCCCCAU